AACAUUUCUGAUUAAGGAUCUAUAAUAUAUAGACUCGAAAAUGCGCGCCAAAAUACGGGUAUAAAAGAUCAUAUUUAUAUGAAAGAUUUAAUAAAUUAAUAUAUUAUAUUUAAUCAUAUAAAAUUAUUAAUUAAUUUAUUGAAAAAUGCCAUUAGUAAAAAAACCUAUGCGUUAUGCACNNCCAGAGGGGCAUACGGAUGUAUGUUAUUUUUCUGGUGAAAAAAGAGGGCUUAUUACUUGUGGAUCUGAUGGAGAUGUUCGAUUUUGGUUGAAUCUAAUGGAUGAUGAUCCAAAUGCAAGCUGUGUCUCAGAACAAGCUAUAUCAGUCAUAUCAAAAAAUGGGAAAAUAUUUGUUGGCAAUGAUAAUAAUACAAUUCAAAUUCUUAAUUAUCCAGAUCUUGAAAAAGAUGGAAUAAUUACUAGAUUUUCAGCACCAGUUUCAGCAUUAGCAACAACAAAAAACAGUAACAUUAUAGUAUCCGGAGGAUGUGAUAUGAGAAUACAAGUAACUGAUAUUAUUACCUCAGAUAAUAUAGAAUUAAUAGGUCAUGAAGCUCCUAUAUUAGGUUUAUCUUUGGAUCCAAAAGAAGAAUUUAUAGCAUCAUCAAGCGCAGAUGGUUCAAUUCGAGUAUGGAAUAUUAAAGAAAAAUGUGUUGUAAAUAUUUGGACUAAUGUUAUACCAAAGUGUAACUCAUUUUUUACAGCUAAAAUAUAUGGUGUACCCUCAUUUCAUCCAAAGAAUGGAAGUUAUCUUGCAUAUCCUAAUGUAAAAGAUGUAAUUAUAAUUGAAAGAUCUUCUUGGAAGGAAUUGUUUCGUUUAAAAUGUAUUAAUAUAAAAACUGAAAUUAAUAUAUGUAAAUUUUCUGAAUGUGGCACAUUAUUAGCAGCUAGUUCAAUAUAUGGAGAAAUAAUUGUUUGGAAUGUAGAAAAUAAAGAAUUAAUUGGUUAUAUUGAACAUCAACAAAAUGCUAAAAUUACUGCAUUAGCUUGGAAUAUUGAUAAAUCGGAUGAAAUUGCAUUUUGUGAUUCUUUAGGUCAAUUAGGAUGUAUUGAUAUUAUAAUUUCUGAUAAAGCAACAAAUAAUGAAGUAUGUUUAGAAACAAAUGGAGAUGUCAAAGAUAGUAAUGUUAAUGUCUUAGAAGAAGAAGAUGAUGAUGAUGAUGGAGAAAAUGUUAUAUCUCUAAAUAAAAUUAAAGCAUUAGUGGAGCUUGAUGAUGAUCAAAAAAGUCAUUCUGAUGUAUUAUCUGAAAAAUCUAAACAUGAUACAAAUGCUUUUAUACCUGAAAUUCAUUUACAAUCACCAUUUCAACCUGGUUCAUCUCCAAUACAUUUAUUAUCUCGUUUUAUGGUAUGGAAUGAUAUAGGAAUGGUAAGGUGUUUUACUUCUGAAGAUGGAGAAGAAUCUAGUAUUGAAGUAGAAUUUCAUGAUGUAACAAUUCAUCGUAGUAUGCAUAUUAAUAAUUAUUUAAGACAUACAAUAGCUGCUUUAUCAUCACAAGCAUUUGCAUUAAAUUGUCCAUUAAGUAAUGAUAUUCGUAGUAAACUUGUUGUAAUAGUAUUACAAGGUUGGGGUUCAGGAAAUAAAGAAUGGUUUUUAGAUCUACCCGAAGGUGAAGAAGGGCAUUGCAUUGCAGCUGGUGAUAAUUUUGUAGCUCUUUCAACAUCUAGAAGAUACUUAAGAAUUUUUACUGUAGGCGGCACACAACGUGAAAUCGUUGCUUUGCCAGGACCUGUAGUAGCAAUGAAUGGAUUUAAAAAUAAUUUAGUACUUGCUUAUCAUAAUGGAAUAGGGAUAUCAGGGGAUCAAUAUAUGAAUUUACUAUUAAUUCAAAUUCAAAGAUUAAAUUUAUAUAGUAAGACAUUAAGUCUUCCAUUAUCACCAUCAUCAGAAUUAAUGUGGUUAGGAAUUACUGAUCUUGGAUCUCCUGUAAUAAUGGAUGCUGAUGAUAUUAUUAAAGUAUAUAAUAAAAAAUCUUCUUUAUGGAAAGUAGCUAGUGAUAUGAAUGAACAGUCUAAAGGUAAAACAGAUCAUUAUUUUAUAAUUGGAAUAAGCGAAUUACAAAGUAUCGCUCGCUGUGUUUUAUGCAAAGGAAGUCAUUAUCCUCCUACUACACCUCGUCCAGUAAUCACAGAAGUAUCUUUAUAUCUUCCACUUUGUGAACUUGAAAGUGAAAAAACGGAGAAAGAAUUGAACUUAUGGAAAUUAGGAACUAAUCCUUUAGAAGAGAAUGAAGCAGUGUUAUCUCUUAUUGCGCUUGCUUGUCGAAGUAAUUUGGAGUAUCGAGCAGUAGAAUUAUGUGAACAAAUUGCUUCAGAAAAAGUUAUAGAAUUAGCAAUAAAAUAUGCACGAAGAAUAAAUCGAAUAGCAUUAUCUAAUAAAUUGGAAUCAAUUGCUGAUAUAAAAGAAGAAGAAAAGGAGAAGAAUAUAGAAAAUAGAGAUAAUGAUGAUGAAAAUAUUAAUAAAAGUGAUGAUGAAUCACUGAUAGAUAAUGAUGUUGAAGAACUUUCAUUAAAUAUUAUAAAAAAACCAGAUAUAGAAAUUAAACCAUUAUCUAUGACUGAAGCAUUAUCAAUAAAAAGAAAUAAUCCUUUUUUAAAAAGCGGAAAUUCUCCAGGAACAAAAGGAUUAGCUGGUUUAGAUAUAGCUCCACAGAAGAUACAAAAAUUAACUUUAUCAUCAGUUUCUUCGAAGUUGAAGACAAAAGAAAUAAAAGAUGUAGUAAAAAAAGAAACAUUCAUUAGUUGGUAUGCUAAAAACAAAAAAAAUUUACAGGAAGAAUUUCCUGAUUUAAGCCCUGCAGAUUUGACAAAAUAUGCGUUAGCAAAAUACAAAGAAAAAAAUGAAAGUUCACAAAAUAAUAAUAUUUUGACAUCUUUAGAAUCAAAAAAAAGAAAAUUAAAACAUGCAUCACUAGAUAUAAUACAAAAUGCAAUGGGUGUGAUGGGUCCAUGGCAUAUUGUUAUUGCUGUGGCAUUGUCUCUUGUAAAAUUUCCAGUUGCUUGGCAUCAACUUUCUAUUAUAUUUCUUGCACCUCCGACUAAUUUUUCAUGUGCUGCACCAAUAUCAAAAACCAAUGAAUCUACAAUAAUGAAAUGUUAUGUAGAUAUAGGAAAUGGUACUAUGGAAAAAUGUACAAUUUUUAAAUAUGACAAGCGUAUAUUUAAAGAAAGCAUUAUAACUCAAUGGGAUUUAGUUUGUGAUAGAGAACAAUUGACAAAUGUUGUACAGUCUUGUAUAAUGUUUGGAGUACUUAUUGGUAAUUUAGUUUUUAGUAUAAUGGCUGAUCGAAUAGGUAGAAAAAAACCUUUGAUGAUUGCUAUAGGAUUACAAUCAUUAACAGGAUUUAUAAGUGCAUUUAUUCCAUGGUUUGAAUUAUUUGUGAUAUUUAAAUUCAUUUCUGCUAUAGCUACAGGUGGUACUAUGCUUGUCAGUUUUGUUUUACUUAUGGAGAUUGUAGGAAUAGAAUGGCGUUCCAUUAUGUCAGUUCUCUUUCAUGUACCAUUUUUAUUAGGUCAUUUAAUGAAUCCUUUAAUUUCAUAUUUAACACGUACAUGGGAUGGUUUUCAAAUGGCAGUUUCUAUACCAUCACUUUUUUUAUUAUCAUAUUAUUGGAUUAUACCCGAAUCACCAAGAUGGUUAUUUGCUGUUGGGAAGUUAUCAAAAGCAGAACAAAUUUUAAUUAAAGCAGCUGGUAGAAAUAAAAUACCAAUAGAGAAUGUUAAAACAGCAAUUGAAACAUAUGAAUGUAAUAUAGGAAUUUACCAUAAACAAAAUGUAGAAAAAUAUAAUAUUACACAUUUAUUUAGAACUCCAAAUUUAAGAUUAAAAACUAUUUUUAUAUGUAUUAAUUGGUUUAUAUGUGGUAGUUGUUUCUUUGGAUUAACACAAUAUAUGGGUUAUAUUGAUGGUAAUAUUUUUAUAAAUGUUGCUGUAUCAGCUGCUAUUGAAUUACCUGGAACUAUAUUAGUUUUAUUUCUAAUAUCACGUGUAUCACGUUUAAAAAUUUUAAUAAGUGCAAAUCUUCUAUCUGCUGCAAGUUUGCUUUUGUUAAUUGUAAUGUCAAAUUCACGUUUUACGAUAAUUUUAACUAUAUUAGGUCUUGCGGGAAUGUCACUCAGUUUUCCAACUGUAUACCUAUAUAGUAGUGAAGUAUUUCCAACUGUAAUCAGAAAUAUUGGUAUUGGUCUAGGAAGUGUUUGUGCAAGGACUGGAAGCAUGAUUGCACCAUAUAUCGCUACAAUGGGAAAAAUUAAAUCUUGGUUACCACCAUUAAUAUUUGGAAGUGGACUAUUAUUUGGUGCUUUUUUAUGUUUCUUUUUACCAGAAACAAUGAACUGUGAAUUACCAGAAACUAUUGAAGAUAGUGAAAAUUUUGGAAAAAAACGAAGUGGAAAAAAUGCAAUAAAAUAAUAUUUAUUUACAACU